AUGAUAAUAUUGCUGAUAUGGGUAGCGGUUCUAAUUGCCGUGGUGGUGCUGUAUUUACGUCAGGUCUACUCCAGAUUUAGCGCACAUGGCGUCAAGCACUUCAAGCCAGUUCCACUACUAGGCAAUAUGAGCAAGAUCAUCUUUCGUAUGAAACAUAUGGCAUUUGAUCUCCAAGAUUUAUACAACGCUUAUCCUGAAGAAAAAUUCGUAGGAAGGUUUGAGUUCAUGAAUGAGGCAGUGCUGAUUAGAGACCUGGAGCUGGUGAAAAAAGUUUGUGUGAAAGACUUUGAGUACUUCAUUGAUCACCGCAGCUUUGGAAAUGACUCGUUUUUCGGAAGAACGUUGUUUUUACUGAGUGGCCAAGAGUGGAAGGACAUGCGGUCUACGUUGAGUCCAGCGUUCACAAGUUCCAAGAUACGAUUGAUGGUGCCUUUCAUGGUGGACGUCGGAGACCAGAUGAUUGUAUCGCUUAAAAAGAAGAUUGAGGAUUCGAAGGGUGGAUACAUAGAUAUUGACUGCAAGGACCUCACGACCCGGUACGCUAACGAUGUAAUAGCCUCGUGUGCUUUUGGCCUGAAAGUGGACUCACAGACUGAACAGAACAAUCAGUUUUACGAGAUGGGCAAGACAGCAACAAACUUCAAUUCGCUUCAAAUGUUAAAGUUCUUCCUCAUCAUGAAUAUUCCAAGAGUUACGAAGAUAUUUAAAUUGGACUUAGUGACAAAUUCCGUGAAGAAGUUUUUUACAAAUUUGGUGCUGGAUACUAUGAAAGAGCGAGAAAUGCGAAAUAUUGUCAGACCUGAUAUGAUCCAUUUGCUUAUGGAGGCUAAAAAAGGUAAAUUAUCUCACGAUGAUGUCAAAUCUAAUGAUGAUGCUACUGGAUUUGCUACUGUUGAAGAGUCUUCAGUUGGACUAAGGAAUGUCAUUAAUCGAGAAUGGAGCGACAACGAUCUGGUCGCUCAAGCAUUCCUGUUCUUUGUCGCUGGUUUUGAAUCAAUUUCUUCAAGUGUGUGUUUCUUAUUACACGAGUUGGCUGUAAACCCUGACGUACAGGAGCGCUUGGCACAAGAGAUAAGGGAACAUGACGCUAAGAAUGGUGGCAAGUUUGACUUUAACUCUAUACAGAGCAUGAAGUAUAUGGACAUGGUUGUCUCAGAAUUAUUGAGACGAUGGCCCACAGCUGUAGCUACUGAUAGAAUUUGUCACAAGGAUUACAACAUAGGAAAACCAAAUGCUACGGCUGAAAAGGAUUUCAUAAUCCGUAAAGGUACUGGUGUCAUGAUGUCAGCCUUUGCUUUCCACCACGACCCUCAGUACUUCCCGGAGCCAGAAAAAUUCGACCCUGACCGUUUUUCUGAAGAAAAUAAACACAAGAUCAAUCCAAAUGCAUACAUGCCUUUUGGUGUUGGUCCUAGGAAUUGUAUAGGAUCAAGAUUUGCUCUCUGCGAGAUGAAGGUGAUUACCUACCAGAUUCUAAGGCACUUGGAACUGUCUCCCUGUGAGAAGACCUGCAUCCCUUCCAAGCUUGCUACCGAUAACAUAAACUUAAGGCUACAGGGAGGACAUUGGCUCAGGUUCAAACUUAGGAAAUAG